AUGGCAAGUUGUGACUCGUUGGAUGACAAGGAGUCUGUGGAUUUUCACGACAACCCUCCUCUCCCAGACAAUGUGGUGAAAGAGGAAGACAACACCGUGUAUUUUAUCUACGAUGAGGAGGUGGAGGAGGAGGAGAAGGAGGAGCUGCCCCCUGUGGAACCCCCCAGACCUGUCAACGACAAACCACACAAGUUCAAAGACCACUACUGCAAGAAGCCCAAGUUCUGUGACGUCUGUGCGCGGAUGAUCGUCCUGAAUAAUAAGUUUGCAUUGCGAUGUAAGAACUGCAAAACCAGCAUCCAUCACCAGUGUCAGUCCUACGUCGAGUUCCAGAAAUGUUUCGGGAAAAUUCCCCCAGGCUUCAGAAGGGCCUACAGCUCGCCUCUGUACAGCAGUCUGCAGAACGCCACCGUCUCACAGCUACUGCCCUUCUCGCAGUCCAACCGCACAGACCCGGUGUUCGAGACGCUGCGUAUCGGCGUGAUCAUGGCCAACAAGGAACGGAAGAAAGGCUCCGAAGACAAAAAGAACAUGAUGAUGAUGAUGAUGGAGGACGAGCCCAAAGCCGAAGAGGAGGGUGGAGACGGAGCAAAUGUGGAGGGAGACAAGAGAGGGGACAAAGCACCUUCUGAUGACAAGAAUAAGAAAGUGCAGCCUGGAAAGCUCAGCGUGUUCUCUCAGUCGCACUAUUACCUGGCCCUGUAUCGUUUCAAAGCCAUCGAGAAGGACGACCUGGAUGUCCACCCUGGAGACCGCAUCACAGUGAUAGACGACUCCAACGAAGAGUGGUGGAGGGGCAAAAGUAGAGAAAGAACCGGCUUUAUCCCAGCCAACUACAUCAUCCGUGUGCGUGCUGGAGAGAGCGUGUACAAAGUGAUGCGUUCCUUUGUGGGCAACAAAGAGAUGGGCCAAAUCACACUGAAGAGAGACCAGAUCGUGGUAAAGAAGGGCGAGGAGGUGAACGGAUACCUUAAAGUCAGUACAGGCCGAAAACUGGGCUUCUUUCCGGCCAAUCUGCUGCAAGAAAUCUGA